UUUAUAGAAUUCCUAUGUGCAACAACUUCCCUCAAGUAUAUAUAGUUACAACUUAAGACAAAAGAGAGCUAUAUCUCUUGUCUUGUUUUCUUCUUUAAUUUAAUAUAUGGAAAAUUACCAAUAUGAGAAGAAGCCAAGAGUUAUGUGCCUCCAUGGCCAUGCAACUAGUGCUAAUAUAUUGAAGAAAGAAUUGGAACUUGGUUGGCCACAAUAUUUACUUGAUAAGCUAGAUUUGGUGUUCUUGGAUGCACCUUUUUUACUUCAAGAUAAAGUGGAUGCUCAUGACAUUUUUUAUCCACCCUACUAUGAAUGGUUCCAAGCUACUGAGGACUACAAGGAAAUUUACAAUUUUGAAGAAUGUAUUCAAUAUGUUGAAGCUAACAUGGUGAAGUAUGGACCAUUUGAUGGUGUUUUAGGUCUCAGUCAGGGAGCAGUUGUAGCUGCAUCAAUGCCUGGAAUGCAAAGGGAUAGAGUGGCUCUAACCAAAGUCCCAAAAAUUAAAUUUGUGAUGUUAAUAGCAGGGUCCAAAUUUGGAGGAAUCUCAUUGGGAUGUCCCAAGCUUGCUUCUAAUGCAUUUGCAUAUCCAAUUGAGUGUACAUCUUUACACUUCAUAGCUGAAAAGGAUCCUCCGUCCCAUAUUAGUUGA